GUACCGAAAACGACUAAAUAAAGCUUAAAAGACAUGGAUGAAGACUGCGUACAGGAGCCGGAGCACCUGCUGACUUAUGUGAGGAAACUCAAAGAGGUGUUUGACGUGUGUGACGGGGACUCUGACGGUCUCAUCCACCUUGAAGUCUUGGAGCGGUGGGGUUCACAGUUUGGUAAAGCAGAACAGGUGAAGAAAUUGGUCAGAUGUCUCGACUGCGACUCUCAUGGGAGGAUCAGCUUCAAAGACUUCUGUUGUGGCGUUCUGACAAUGAAAGGUUAUGCUGGGAUCACGAAAAACAAAAGUGGGACACAGUUCAUCACAGGGCCAUUUGAGACAGUUAAGAAUUGCUACAAGGCACCCUGAGAGGAGUUGGUCUUUGCAUCCUUGUGUUCAUGUUGUGUAAGAUCCCAAGGUGCUACAUGUAACACAUUUC